ACACCAGCCCUUGGCAACACUCUGGCAGGGCAUAUAAAGAUCGGCGGAUGCCGAGGGAAGACCUGUUGAGCACCAAGUGCAGUAUGACCACAAGCAGGACUGCAAAGCUGUUGCGGACUUCCGACCCCUAAGCCCCUUCCUCUAUCAUGACCGGCCUAAUCUCCGAGCCUCUCAUAAAGCAUUUCAGCAUGGACAGGGAUGAUCGCAAGAGAAGCAAGAACCUAGGAAAAAACUUCAUGUGCCGACUACAGUGCAUGUUCUCCCGUUCAUCUGCUCCGGAGAGCAGGCUAAGCUUAGAGGACACGCAACAAUGGUCCCAGUCUUUGGAGAGACUCCUCGAAUCCAAAUAUGGACUAGCGACGUUCCGCACCUUCCUCAAGUCCGAAUUCAGCGACGAAAACAUCGAGUUCUGGUUGACAUGUGAGGACUACAAGAAAAUCCGGUCGUCUUUCAGGAUGACAUCGAGGGCGAAGAAGAUCUACGAGCAGUUUGUUAAAGCGGAGUCUCCAAAAGAGAUAAACAUUGACUACCACACAAGGGAGCAAAUCAAGCGGAACGUGAAGAGCCCAACAGCCCAGUGUUUCGACGAGGCCCAGAAGAUUGUGUACGGGCUCAUGGAGCGCGACUCUUACCCCAGGUUUCUGAGGUCAGAGAUGUACAGAACUCUUCUGGACUCCCUCGCUGUGGAUGCUGCACAUGGAUGAGGGAGCCUCCCAACAACAACACCCCCUAAAAAACACUAAAGGAAAAAAAAACUGGAAUGAUAAGGUUGUUCGUGGAGAACUCACUACUAGAGAGGGCCCAGGACCCCCUUAAAAACCAGGCUGUUCCACUAAAUUCCAACUCCAGCUACGGAAGCAGAGAAUAAAUUCUCCAGAAUGUGAAUUUGAAAAUUUGAAUGUCUGUGGCUGGCUGGUGCUGUGCCCUGAAGCACUUUCGGAUGGAGAAAACAAACAUAUAGGAUAGAAAACAACAGUCACAAUGCAAGAAACCUUGCGAAGAGGCCGGUCUGCAGUCAAUCAACCCUCGAAAAGCGCCAACGGCAUCCUGUCACUUGGAAAUACUUCCUGUGUGCAGAUAAGGACGUUUGAGGGACGUUUGAGCCCGUCUGGUGGUUAGAAAGGCAGCAGAGUGGCCAGAAACACUAUCAUGUGAUCCCAGCACUUACUGUGUGUCUUGUCUGCGAGAGAAAUGGAGAGAGAAAAAAAGACUAAGACUUUACAGGCUCUUUAUUGGCUUAACCUCAUGACUGUUAUUUUAAGAAGCAGAAAUCAUGAUAUCAUGAGAACAGAUGUCCACAUUCUGGCAUUAAGGCCGUAAGACCGCACAACUGCACCAAAUUUAAGGAAUGCACAUUUGUGACUAAGCGUGAAAACAACAAACAAACAAAAAAUGUCUAAAAUAUUAGAUAGAGGACAGUAGAAAAUGUAUCACACAGCAACCACAAUGGUAACACCUUAUUUGGAAGGUCCAUUAAAAAUGCCUCAUAGAUGCUCAACUAAGAUUCAACUGAAUGUCCAUUAAAUGUAACUUUCCAUUAAAAGUAAUUCUCAGUUGAAUGCAAAUGAUUCUGUACAGAACUUAACCCUAAGCCUAACCUCACCUCAGCCAUGAAUUAACCCUAAAACCAAACCCAAACUCAAACCUAAACCUAAACCUUAAAUCUAACCCUAAACCUAAACCUAAAAUGUAAAGAUUGGAGUUCAGGUUAGAGUUGGGUGUCCGGUUACAUUUAAUAGACAAUAAUUUAUUUUCACCUUAGAAUUCAGGUGUAUUUAAAUGUUAUUUAAACAUCUAUAUGGCAUCUAUAAUGGACCAUCCAAAUAAAGUGAUACUACAACAAUCGAUACACUGCAAAAAUCAAUUUACAAAAACUAGAAAAAUAUAUAAACAUUGAGACAUAUUUGCCUAUAUUAGGCAAAACAAGUCUGCCAAUAGGGUCUGCUAAUUGCAAAGACUCAAAAUCCUUGAAAUAAGACUUAAAUCAAAUAAACAUUCCUGUUUUUUAUCAGAAAUUUGACACAAGAAUCGGAAUAACUUGACUGGUUAUGAUUUGUACUUAUUUUAAGUUCACAUUACUUAAAAUUACUUAAAUAAGGUGAAAAUUUUAACUGAGUAUAUUAAAGGUUGUUAUUUCUAAAAUAAACGAAAUAAUUCUUUGGAAAGACAAAAAUAUUUCUUUCUCAUCUGAGAAAAAAAAUGUAUUGCCUUAAAAUUCAUUUUACUUGCUAAGUUUUUGUAUUUUUUGCAGUGUAUUAUGUUAAAUGCAGUGCGGAAAGUUUGAUGUUUUUGGUUCAUUCAGUCACCAAAAAAUGUUCUGAACUGUUUAACUUAAAUACAGCUUUAAUUACCUACAUAUUAUUUAUUGCCCACAUCCACUAUAGUUGAAUGUUGCUGUGUACAAUGUAACUACCAAGGAUGAGGAAAUAAAGUUUCACUUGUCAUUUUAA